UGUUCGGACUUUUCUGUUUCAUAAACAGCAGUCUGUUUACAGUCAUGUUUCAGGUUUCUGCCUCUGGUUGAAUCAGAAUCACGUGACGUGUGAACUCAGCUGAGCUGAGGCUCCGCCCCCAGCUCCGGGAGGAGCCUUCACGUCACUGUGGGUUACGGUCACAGUGAUUUAAGAGGACUUGAGCUGGCGGGGCGGGUUAGAUCAGAACCGAGAGCCGGACGAGACUGACACCUGCUGAACCGACGAACCGAACCGGACCUGGACAGCCGCGCGCGAUUCUCUUCUAUCUGCGGUGACACAGUCGGCUCUCUGAGAUCCUGCAGGAGAUGCUGCCCCUGAAGAAGCUCUUCACCGAGGGCCUGGUCCAGAUGGCGGUCCUGCUGAGCCUCAGUGGACUCGGAGUGGACGUGGGUCUGGAGUCUUACCUGCCUCCUUCCUGGCAGGACUCUGUCUUUGCUUCAACCUCUACGCUGAUGAAGCCCCACGACCAGCUUGGGGGUCCAAAGGAGUUCCACAGCCUGCACCCUAAAUCUGAGGCCCUGCAGGAGCUCCUCCAAUCACCACGUCUGCUCAACCAGGUCCACUCUCUGGACCGGCUGCAGCUUCCUGACGCGGUGCUGCAGACGUGGCUGGUGCAGCAGGAGCCUCUGCAGAGACCGGCUCAGGGGCAGCGGGAGUGGAGCGGCCUGCCUGUGGAGCCUCGAGCGGCUGACCGGGAGGAAGAGGACGAUGAGGAGCUACUGCAGGAUGGACGUGUGGAGUCAGGAGGACUCAGAAGAUCAGAGCUCCCCCCCACCGCUGAGGACCUGGAGCUUCUCUGGCAGGAUGUGUCGUUCCUCCUGGAGGAGGAGGUGAGUGGCUGGAGGACGGACAGAACCAGGGAUCCCAGCAGAACUUUUAACACCUUUAAUGAUGAGUUCAUCUCUUCUGUGCAGGGCGCAGAUUUAGGAAGAACAUCACUGAACUCUACUGUGAACUCAACCCAGCACGGAUCAUCUCAUGGUGGGUCUCAGGUCCGGCCAGAACCGGUCCUGCUUCCCCUGACCCCCAGCGCUCAGUUGGACGAUCACGGUUCAGAAGCGACCGCAGACUUCCGUCUGGAUUCUCUGCCUCUCCGUUUAAACUCCUCAGACCUGUUCACAGAAGAUUUCCUGGAGGGUCUAAAUGAUAUCUCGACUAGCUUAAACUUCAGUCUACUACCAGAACAUCAUCUUCGUGAGGAAGAGCCUGAAGCCUCUGGCGCUGGCCCGACACCUCCCAGCUUCACCCCAGCUUCAGAUGGGAGGAUGUCCAGAGAACUUCUGGCUCCGUCUUCCCGCAGCGUUCUGCCAGAUCAGGAGGAGGACGACGAUCUGCCGAGCCUGCUGACGGAACUCCUGGGAGAUGCGACCAUCCUAGAUGACAUGAACUUGUUGGACUUAGAUCUGGAGGACGGAUUUUGCUCCAAGCCGGCAGCCAAGCUGGAGGAAGGUUUUUCUCGAGAAGUAACUGAGAUGGAUGUUCACGUGGGAGACGAUGACGACCAAACCGGAAUCCCAGAAGAUGCUGAGGAGAUGGACUCAGAUUCUGGUCUGUCCUUGGACUGUAGCCACAGUCCAGCUUCUUCAGGCGCUUUCAGUGGCUCCUCCUCCUCAUCAAGCACCCUGAUGUCCUGCACAUCUUCUGAGAGGACUUUGUUCUCCGAGGAUGAGGAGGGAAGCUUGGACUCAGAAGCAGAGGAAGAGGAGGGAGCUGUUGGAGGCUCAGCUGGGAUCAGUGAGCUUCUCCCGAUCAUCAGUGAGGAUCACAAACGGUUUCAUGGCUUCUCCUCCCGGCUGGAGCACGUUGGCCAUGAUCACACAUAUAACCAGACGCAUCUCAGAAAGACUUUCUCUGCUCCGAGAAGCGACAACGCCAGGCGUCACGGCCGCUCCUCUUCUCCGCUGUGGAGCCAUGGCGAGCGGCGAGCGCACUCCCUGAAGGUCCCGUUCUCCACCGAGCUCAUUGUUAACCUGCCAGUCGACCAGUUUAACGAGAUGCUGAGUGAUUACCAACUUAGCGAGGAGCAGCUGACCCUCGUCAAGGACAUCCGGCGGCGUGGAAAGAAUAAGAUCGCUGCUCAGAACUGCAGGAAAAGAAAGCACGACGUUCUGCUGGGACUGGAGGAAGACAUUUUGGCUUUGAGGGGCCGUCGUUCAGCUCUGCUCAGAGAGAACCGUGAAGCUCUUUGGAAUUUGCAGCAGAUGAAGCACAGACUGGGACUUCUGUAUCAGGAAGUCCUCUCAGAGCUGGGGGAGGAGCAGGGCGAGUUCACGCUGCUGUUCGGACCUGAGGGGACGCCCACAGAGGAGAAAACCAGCCAGAAACGGAAGCGCAAGAAGAAAUGAGGAGCUGUGGAGGGUGUGCAAAGGACACGAGGUGCAAGAAGCUGCAACGCUAAACCGCUGGGUCUGAGGGUCAGACAGAGAACACGACGUGGCGCUGGCUUCUGGCGGGACAGUACUGCCAGUGGACACAACUGCAGCAGCAGGAGGCAGACGAGGUGCUCAGAGGACGGCAGAACUUUGGUCUGGUCUGGUUUUACCAGAAUUGUUUGGUGUGUUUAGAGCAGAAAAAAAUGCAAACAUUUCUCUGAAAUGUUUCAAAUUUUCAUUCGUUUUGUUUACAUUGUAUCACUCCUGCUAGAGAUGUUUUUAAACAAGGAGAAAGCCUUGGCCUCCCGUUCCGCUGAUGAACAAACUGGUGCUGUUCUGAACUUGUUUUCAGGGAUACUUAUCAAAGUGGGUGUUAGGUGUAAAUCAGGAGUGUCAAACUCAAUCGCACAGGGGGCCAAAAUCCAAAACACACUUCAGGUCGCAGGCCGAACAGGAUAAACAUUUAUUGAACACUCUAAAACUACAUUUUUAAAACUUUA